AUCCCAGCGUUCAGACUGGCUGAGCCAAACCUACCAUCCUCUUCCAGCUUCCUCCAAGCUGUAUGAGAGAUACAGAGUCCUCAAUGAACUUAUCAGGAUCACAGUGGUGCACCUGGGGAAGAAAAGGAGAGAGAAGGAUGGAUCCUUUGGUUAAAGUGCUAGGCUGAAACACAGAAGCUCUCAGGACUUGGGCACAGACACACGGACUUCUUUUUUCCUUCUAGAUCAUGUAUGUCCUGUAGGCCACUACUGCCCCACAGGCAGCCCAGAGCCCAAACCCUGCCCCGCUGGAAAAUACCAGGACCAGACUGGUCAAAGCCAGUGCAAAACAUGUCCAGCAGGGAAGUUCUGCGGCCAAAAAGACCAGACACAAGACCACAAAGACGCCUCUUCUCAUGGACUUGCCAAACCAGUGGACUGCCCAGCCGGAUACUACUGCCCCUCAGGAACAAAAGCUGCCAGGCAGUACCCCUGCCCUGAGGGCACCUUCAGUAACCAGACAGGGCUGCAGAGCUCCCAUGAAUGCCAGCCUUGUCCUGCAGGGAAAUUCUGUGCAAAUGUGGGCCUCUCAUCUCCGAGUGGUCCAUGUUCCCCUGGACACUACUGCACUUUGAAAGCACAUAUACCCAACCCCAUGCAUGAUGAAACUGGAGAUCUGUGCCCGGCAGGACACUUCUGCCCACUGGGUAGCAGCAGCCCAGUGCUGUGCCCCACAGGCACUUUUCUACCCCAAACUGGGAUGGCAUCUCAUAAUGCCUGUUUGCCCUGCCUGGGCGGGAAGUUCUGCCAGGGAGAAGGGAUGGCCGAUGUUUCAGGAACCUGUCAUGCUGGGUAUUACUGCCCUCUGGGAUCCACGAGGCCUGACCAGGAACACUGCCCCACUGGCUUUUACUGCCCCAGAGGCUCGGAGUUGCCAGUCCCCUGUGACUCUGGAAGUCUCAACCCCCAUGCUGGGAGAUGGCAUCCCACAGACUGCCAGCUCUGUCCUGCUGGACACUUUUGCAGCGGGUUUGGAAGACCUGCUCCAGAAGGACCAUGCUCUGCUGGUUUCUACUGCCCACCGGGCCAGACCUCAGCCAUUCCUGCAUCCUACUGCUGCCCCCGAGGCUUCUACUGCCCUGCAGGAUCUGCCAUGCCCGUGCCUUGUGAGAGGGGCACCUACCAGCCCCAGGAAGGGAAAGACUCAUGUGAUCUCUGCCCCGCAGGACUCUUCUGUGAACCAGCCGACAAAAGUUCGGGGGUACAGCUGCCCAGGCCAUGCCCUGUGGGGUACUUCUGCCCACCGGGCACCAGCUUCAGUGCAGAACACCCGUGUCCAAGGGGCACCUUCCGACCAAAGCCUGGUGCCGCUCAUGAAUCUGACUGUGAGCCCUGCCCCGCAGGCAUGUAUUGCUCAGCUCCAGGUUUGACCCAGCCAUCUGGGUUUUGCCAUUCGGGCUAUUAUUGCACCAAAGGAGCCAUCACCCCAGCCCCCAUCAAGCACCGGGUCGAGUCUGCUGGCCUUUCUCUUCCUGGAAAUGACAUCUGCCCUCCUGGGCAUUUCUGCCCCAAUGGUACCAGCUAUCCCAUCCCCUGCCCUCCUGGAUCCUACUCCUCUUCGCUGGGCCUGGGGGCAGAGGAUCAGUGUCAGCUCUGUCCAGCAGGGCGGUACUGCAGUCGGGCAGGCCUGUCCGAUCUGUCCCAGGCAUCGCUGUGUAGUGCAGGGUACGUUUGCCUUGAAGGCAGCUCUGGCCCCUGCCCCUCUAAUGGUCUUCAUGGGUACAGAUGCCCAAGUGGCUUCUACUGUCCUACUGGGACAGGACUGGAGAUACCCUGUGAGCCUGGCAUGUUCAGCCCAAUGCCUGGAGCAAGCAUAUGCCUCCCUUGCCCUGCUGGUGUGACUUGCAGACAUGCUGCCACUGUAGAGCCACUCAGCUGCCCCCAAGGUUACUAUUGUCCAUCUCAGACCGCCAUGCCCCUGCCAUGCCCUGAAGGUACCCUGAACACCUUGGAGGGGGCACUGUCCCCUGCAGCAUGCAAGCCAUGCCCAGUGGGGAGGUACUGUCGGGGCCAUGCAAACUGGGAGCCGGAUGGGCUGUGUUCAGCUGGAUAUUACUGCGCAGGAGGCGCUGCGAACGCUGUCCCACGCAGGACACCUGGGUUCCCGCUCAAUGGACCCUGCCCCCUUGGGCACUACUGUCCAGAGGGUACUCUCUUCCCUGUCGCCUGCCCAGCGGGCACCCUAAAUAACUCCACAGGCGGCUCCUCCCAGGACAGCUGCGUGCCGUGCUAUGCCGGCUUCUUCUGCGCUGGCGUCGGUCUGAGCUCACCCACGGGACCUUGCGCUGCCGGGUUUUACUGCCCAGCUAACUUCAGCUCCUUCAGCCCCACUGCCUUCCUCUGCCCGAAGGGUCACUUCUGUACCGCAGGGGCUGCCUACCCUACCCCAUGCCCCACCGGGGAGUACCAGCCAAAUAGGGGGUCCGAAUCCUGCAUCCCCUGCCAGCCGGGCUUCUACUGCCAGGAGACGGUCUCAGGAGACCCCAAACACUGCCCACCGCACACCUACUGUCCAGCAGGCACCCUGGUUCCUUAUCCAUGCCCUGAUGGCACAUUUACUCCUCCGAACAAAACCGGCCUGCAGGACGAGAGGGAUUGCCUGGCCUGCUCGGCUGGUCACUACUGCAGGUCACAGUUCUCCCUGCUGCACUGUAGUUUUGGUUGUAUUUUUUUUGGUCCCCACCCUAAACUGUUGCGCAGCGUUGUUACGUGCUGUCGGGCAGCUGCGGGUUCCACCUCAGAAGCAGCCGCAUUCUAA